AUGGCGACCACACCGUCACCUGCGGCUGAUCUCCCGCAGACACCUCCUGCUCCUCGUCACGGCGCUUAUUAUGACAGCUGGGAACCCUACUCACCACGCAAAUCUGCCAGAAUCUCAGAGCGCAACACCAACAGGACCCCUUCUCCCCGAGCUUCACGCCACCCAUCGUCGCCGCGCAAGCACCGUGCCGACCAAGAAUCCCCUGAAAUGUCCCCUAGGAAGAAGCGCCAACCUGCCGCUGAUUCUGUACGCCGAGCAUCUGGUCCUUUGACUGUAGAGGGAACUGCCAAAGCAGCUGCCGCCUUGGGUCUGAAGCACAAGUUAGAGCCUUCAACAUCAAAGGCAACUGCCUCAUCUUCCGCAAGCAUGCUUCUCACCCCAACCAAGACACCUCGGAAGCCCGCUACCGCUGGCCAAGCAGAUAUCGACACUUUCAAGCGCAACCUCUUUGGCUCUGAAGACGACUCGGCGCUCAGCAGCCGUACGAGGCGACCCAAGAAGUACUCCGGUUUGACCAUGGAGAGCUUUACGGCCGAGACGAUUGAGGAACCCAUUGCCAUCUUCACCGACUCGCAAGAUCGAGUUCCUGUGAAGGAUGACAGCCUCUCGAACCCAUUCUACGGUGAUUCCGCACCCACAACGGAGCCAGCUAGGCGUCGCAACAAGCAAAAGAUGGUCAGAGUUCCAGGCGUUGGGAUGCAAACUCUUGAGGAAGCAGCUCGCCGCGACGACGGAAUGCUUUGUUCAUUCCGUGGGAAAACUUUCUUCAGACCCUACUCUCAAGUCAAUGAUGACGACGAAGAGGAAGCUGACUCCACUACAUCCGCCCAUCUUACUCGCCCACUAAGCCGAUCUGCUAUCAAGCCUCGCCGGUUGUUCCAGUCAGAGAAGCCGGCACCAUCUAUAGAGGACGAAGAGGCCGCAACAGACGUAGAGGACUUGCACGAAGAGGAAUUAGAUGCCCCAGCAACACCCUCUAGGAUCGAGACCGGGCGCGGGAAGACCCCAGAAGCACCAAAAUUCGGACCCGUAUCGCCUCCAGCUACCAAACGGACAACUCGCUCGAUGAACAAGCUCGCCGAUGACACUCCAAUCAAGGCCAGCAGGUCAAGUCCAUUUGAAUCAUGGCGGGUAGCUAAGAAGAAUGUCAAGGCACCACGUACAGUCAAACGCCAGGGAGAUGACCUUGCCCAAGAGCAGACGAAGCGAGCCCGCGCUUGA